AUGGCUCGUGGAAGCGCAAAGAAGACGGCCUCGGGCAACACAUUCCUCCUGACUUUGCUUCGUAAUGGCUUCCUCGCAACCAAUGCCAUCUACCUCCUGCUUCGAUUCUGGCUGCUGCGUUCGAGUGUGAGCAAGCCAGCUAUGUUUGGCUAUGUGGCAUCCGAAGCUAUUGCUCUUGGUCUCUGGUUGACUUUGAAGAGCAUGGCUGCCCAAGGAAACGAUCUCCAGCAGAGCGGUCUCACCCAAUACAUGUUCGACAUUAUCUACGUAACAUGGUUCGUCCAACUUGCUUCCUUGGUUUCGGGCAAGUUUUGGUACCUUUACUUGAGCAUCCCCGGAUACGCAGCCUACGUGAUCUACCAAAAGAUCCUCCUUCCUUACCUCUUCCGUGGUCGAAGCCCCUUGGCUUCGCUUCAAGGGAUGCUCAAAGGCAAUCGAGACGCACAACAGCCAGCUGGCGAGAAUGUCUCCAAGCGACAGCAAAAGCUACAUGCUCGUGCAGCCAAGGGCGACGCUCGUGUUCAGAUGCGAAAGCGCUGA